UUUGGAGUCGCCCCAAGUUGCGCGCUCCUUUUAACCUGUCUGCUCUGUGCUCGUGCUACCCCUUUUCACUUUGUUCUGUUUCGCUUCAUUUUGUUGAUAUAAAAUGUUUGAUAAAAACCAUCUGCACAAAUGGUUCGCUUUUGUCUAGGCCCAACAAAUGUUAAGUGUUUUUAUUGUAGCUGUCGCUCUUAUUGUUAUUGUUGCUUUUGUUGUUGUUGUGGUUGUUGUUGUUGAUCCUAAAUCACUCGAAAUGCUUGUCUGUCAUGCCACAUGCUGGCUAUUUUUGAGCUAGGUUUCUCUUACCACAAACAAACGCACGACCAUCAUUUCUUUAUAUACUGAGAUUGGCAUUUCUGCGAAUUCUAAUAUGUAACUACCAACGGCUAUAACCAUGCCAAAUGCGUAUAGUUGAUACCGACGUCAGUUUAUUUAAGUGGCAGCCAUAAUUGUCAGGAUUUGUGCGUGGAUAUGUGUGUUUGUGUGCCUAUAAAUACUUGAGUGGGCUGUUGUGUGCAAUUUGAGUGGGGUUGAGCCGCUGCGUGUAUAAGAGUUUAAUUAUAAUGCUUAUUAACGAGGAUAGGUAAAUGUAUGAGACAUUAACUUACGAGUGCACACAUAGCAACACACAUUAUUGACCAGCUCAAGUGAAGCAUCUUAAUCAAAAUACGUAGACGAUCGACCUAAGUAGUUUGUCAAUUAACGUAAUCUGUACGAUAUCUAAUGGAGGUGUGACAGACUUAUAAAAAAGUUAUCUACAUAGAGUAUUAUGUAGUGGCAGUUGUAGUUGUUGUUUAGGAGUUUCCGCUUCUUUCAAUACUAACUAACAUCCAAUAUUAGCUUCGAAAUUCGAAUAAACUUUAAAACGCGCCGAUCUUGUUUGCGCAUUCCUCAUACGUCAUCUAAAAGUUCAUAUACUUACCGCACGCAGUAUUUUAGUUACGUACCCAGAUACGUACUCUACUGACAGAUUGUGUUCUAAAUUCAUAGUUUUCUGUCCAGUGGCUUGGUGUUCUGUGCAUUUGAACAAGUUCAAGUCCGUUGCCAUAGAAAAUAACAUCUGGCAACGCUGUCAGGGCAGUCUAAAUUACGUUCCCCCAUAGAAAUAGCGGGGGCUGCCUCAUCGUCAUCGUCGGCACAUCAAACACAAUUCCCAAAAUCCCGACUGCCAAUUUUUUCAUGUUAAAUACACACAAACACACAGGCCAUUACACACACACACAGACACAAAUACACAGUGAUGGGCACGUCGUCUGUCGAACUUUUGUUGGAAAAAAGCUUUCGCUCCCGUGCUUCCUUUUUAAUAAAAAAGUUGUUGCCCAGCGAGAGAGCCGUCCGCUCAGGCAUGCGUAUGUAUGUGUUUAUGAUGCCUGUGUAUGUGUCUAUUACUGCGUUUGCUCCAGUUUCGAGUGUAGUUGUUCGGGAAUUUAAAACUUCGGCUGGCUUCUACUGCCACUCGCUCGGCUCCAGUUCGACGUUUAUAGAGCCAACGUUUUUAAUACGUAAAGUUCAGUUGAGCGCGUCGGACGUUAUCGUGUUUCGCUCUCGUCCUCGUACACGUCGCAGGCAACAUCGUGCAUGGCGUGUGUGUUAGUGUUUGUGUGUGUGCGUAGUAGUAUUUCCGCCGCAACUGUAUAUACAUAUGCACAUAAAUACCUGCAGAGCGGCUGACGUAGUGGCGUAUCGUAAAAGUCAUUAAAAAACUUAUUCAAUAGUAUUUUACGCACAGGCAUAGGUCAAUAGCAGUAGCAGCCGUAGCAGCAACAAAAUCGCGCGCUCUUCUCGGCACAGAAAUCGCACUCAUUAUCGUCGUGCCUCUAAAAUUAUUGCAUAAAAGCGCAUGAAAUUGCCAAUAAAAGUUUAAUGCUGCAUUAAAUUGCUUCAACGGGCGGUCGAUCAAUACAUAGUGUAUAGUAGCAAAACGACAGUCAAUUAAAUAUUUUAGGGAAUACACACAAACACACAAAUACAUGCCUACAUAUGUAUAUUUUUAGAAACGCUUUUAAUAAACAGCAAUACAUAUAGCUAUAUAAGAAAGCUUGUACAUUUGGUAAGCCGAGACGAGACGCAACGCAUUUGGGCGCUUAGGUCCGCUUAGCACGCGUGCUUACACAAAUCUCAUGAAAUUUAUAAUAAAAUAAACGCAUUACAUGCAGACAAUUUACUGUUAGACAACGUUGCGUAUACGCUGUGUUGUUUGCAAACCGGAUAAAUACUCAUCAUCAUUUUUGCAUUUGGCACGGGGCACAUGCUGACGGGAGCGAUGCCCAAGGCAUCAGGUUUGGGUUAGCCCCGCUCCAUGUUAGACUGUCCCAAAUACAGAAAAUUUCUAUUGCUAAAUGCGCGCGCUUACGCCUCCAGCGCCUACUCACGCACGCACACAACCACAUCAAUAUAUACUUACAUACAUACAUACACAAAGGCGCAUGCCGGGGCAGACGCACACACUGAAGGUUCAACAGCCCGACGACUGCCAGCCAUGCAGUGUCAGCGUUAGGCCCCAAAGCAGCCAUUAUCUUCGACAACGUUACACCACGAGCCCUCAGACUCGUCAGUCAGCGUUAUUGCGUAUACGCGGUGUCGCCCACACAGCGCGUUGCCGUUGAGCUUCUUCUUUUGUCUGCAAAAGUGGCAAAAUGUAAUUUUUGGAAUUCUCAGCUACUGCCAGGACAGUCUUAGCACGUCUGCCAGCAGCAGCAGCUAAAAUGGAAUAACCUUUACGUUGCCCACAGUUGCCACGCAACUUCCCCCGCAGCACCCACACAAAUUGGGAGUCUCGUUCGUUUAACUCUAUUGGCGUGCGUUUGAAUUGGCAAACAGUCUCCCGAGAAAUGUAACAGGAGCUAACGGCUGUGUUUAUGAAUAUAUAUUUAUUGUGAAGUGGUCAUAUAAGUUAAUGAAAUAAACCAUUAUCAUAGCCUAUUGGACCUUACUGGUCUCAUUGACUUUGCUUUCAGUCAUCAAAGGCUUAAUUUAGAGCGAGAGAGAGAGAGUAAUAAAGUGCUCAAUAGAUUACAUUGAGAAAUGCGCUGAAAAGCAAAAGAGUUUCAAGUUGAUAAAAAAUUUGUAUAGCUACUUCAAAAAUUAUCAAUGGCUCUAAUUUACAUGAAAUAUUGAAUAAAUUAUAAUAGGGUCUUUCAUAACGGAUAUAACUGGUGGAAAUUUAAAACUGGUAAAAGCCAUCAGAAGGCAUCCUGUAGGUUAAUGAAGUUGAUUUAUCCGAAUGCCGAGAGUUUGCUUUUCUUAUUUUCCUUUUAAUUCAAGAGAAUAAAUUGUAUUAUUAAAUAUCAACUAUCUCAACUUUCAAGAGAAACUUUAUUUGAAAGAAAACAAGUUGGUUGACUUGCAAAGAAAUUCCAUAUUUAACCAAUAAUCAAGACUUGCGGUUGAUGCAUUUCUAUUUAUUAUUAUUGAUCACUUUAUUUUAAUUAAUCCUGCACCAGUGACUAACCAAUGGGUUAGGAAAUGAGCACCCAACAAAUAGAAUCUUUAAUGAAAUCCACUCACAAAGUUUUGCCCUAAAUUGGCAACAAAAUGUAAUUAAUUUGGCUUAGGCCCACAAUUCUUUUAAGUUAUCGUGCAGCUGCUUAAUUCCAUGCAGUGUUUCUUAUUGCCACAUUUUGUAGUUAGCCUUCCAGCUUAAUUGCUUGGCAGCAUUUUUUUAGUCUACCCCAUAAAUAAUAGAAGGGAGUUCAGCUCGGGGCUGUGUUCUAAGGUAUCGUGCAACUUUUUCCGCUGCCAGCUUGAAUUUAAUACCUUUUGUAUUAAUGAAAUUUUUUACGCGUGUAGACCAAAUUAUUUACGCGAACUUUCGAAUGCCAACGCUCACGUGGAAGACAUUGUUUUCAUUGUUGCUUUCUUUUAAAGGAGCUGAAAGCGCUUUGCCCACUGGGCGUAUACUUAACGUAAAUCACAUGCCAGUGACGGCUUCUGUGAGGCUUUGUGUGUGUUUGUGUAUGUGCGUGGGAGAGGCAGGGAAGCAAAGUUCACUUCAAACGCUAUUUAAAUCAAUUGUGUAGAAAUUUUCAAACCGUUUGCCAACCUGACGGCCGUGGGAGCCGUUGAGCUAGCAGUGAAGCGUGAAAGGCAAACAUAAAUAUCUCGGCCUGGCAACAAAAGGAAAGGCAGGCAAAAGGAAAUCACAUGCACUCACAUUUACACACACAUUCACAAAACGACACUCUAGAAUAGAUACAGUUAUCACAGCUUUGUGUGCUUAUAAAACAGAAUCGCCGCCGAAAGCGGAUAAAACGAAUAACCCAAACGAAAUCAAAUGAAACGAACCGAAGCCAAGCGAAGCGAGGCAAGGCGAAUCGAAUGAAACAACAAAAUUCGAAUUAAGCCAUAAGACGUGUGUGGCAAGCAACAAAAACGUAUCAAAUUAUAACUUAAGUACAAGUUACCACCGAACAAAAGGAGCAACAACAACGAAACAAAAACAUCUUAGACUUACCUAAAAAAAAAAAACACAAGUAAAAAUUGCACAGCACGAACUAGGAAAACGAAAAAAUAAAUUAACUUCGAAACAAACAAAAACGAAUUCUAAUACAGCGACGUCUCGAGCUGGGGGCAAAAACUAUCAUUUAAAUUAGAAACUCAGCCCGCGGGUGGGCUAUGUACGUGUGUGGGUGCGUGCGUGGGUGAGUGUGCGUGUGUGUGUGUGUGUGUGUGCAGCGCAUAGUAUAUACAUAAGUCCUACUAAGUCUGCCUUGUCAGGCAUUUUUUUGCUCACAUUUUGACAUUUGCGUGGGAACAGUAAAGCUGGCUGCAGCAAAAUUAAUGUGCGAAAGGGCUACGACAGGAUGUUUCCUCACCAGAAGCAGCGGCCGCAAGGAAAAUGGAAGAUCAGUUCCUGAUGUUACCGCCAGUCCGGGCCGUGCACCGCCCGGCCCGCUGCCCGCCAAUCAGCAGCCCGGCAUGGGCAACCAACAGCAGCAGCACCACCAUGCCAACCAGCAGCAGCAGCAGCAGCAGCAGCAACAGCAUCAUGGUAACCAGCAACAGAACCGCGGCCAGAGCGGCAAUACAAACGGCUCUGGCGGCGUUAAGGAUCCGGUGCUGCUCCAAGGUGACUUUCGCAAGGUCAGCGGGAUCAGUUCGGAGAUUUUUCGACAGAUAGAAGCUGUCGAGAACGAUCAUGAUCCGAAUACCGCUGCAGCGCUGGAGGCAGUGGAGCGGCGCGGAGAGAUGAUUGUGCGCAUCUUGGAGCCACGCUCCAUGGGCAGUAAACAGGCUGUGGAUGCGGCACAUAAGCUGAUGAACAAAGCCGAUGGCCGGCACACCGUGCAACUGGUGGAGAUUGUGAAGCGGCCCGGCCAAACACUCGGCCUGUAUAUACGUGAAGGCAACGGCGCCGAUCGCACCGAUGGCGUCUUCAUAUCCCGCAUAGCCCUGGAGUCGGCAGUCUACAACAGCGGCUGCUUAAGGGUGGGCGACGAAAUCCUGGCCGUCAAUUUGGUUGAUGUCACACAUAUGUCGCUCGAUGAUGUCGUCAUCAUCAUGUCAAUUCCUCGGCGUCUGGUGCUGGCCAUACGGCAGAGGCGUGGUAACCGUGGAGCCGGUUCACCGGGUCCGCCAACACUGUCGCGACCAGAACAGAAGCCGCCGCCGGUGGUGGUUAUCAAGCGUGAUCUCAGAGACGAGGACCUGGACGAAACGGAUCGAAUGCCGCGCCCGCGUUCAUCACGUGAAAGACGUACAGGCGAUGGUCGCGAGAUGACCGAGUCGCGCUCCAGACUGGGUCUGGGCCUUAACAACUACAGCCCUCAGUCAGAGCAGCUGGACAUGUACUACAAUACACGGGCUGGCGUUAACGCAAUGGGCGAACCCCCGAACUGGGGCUACAAAGCACCGCCGCCACCAUCCUCGGUCAUUACGGAGCAGCCCACCAAGGGGCAUGCCUUUGCGCCUUCACAUGCUUACUAUCAGAACGCUGGCACACUGGAAAGCCUGGCCGAAAAGGUGCACGCUUUCUACCCAGGCGCACCUGGCCAACCGCUAGGUCCCUCGCGACGCAUGUCCACGGGCACAGGAAAUGUGGGUUUGGCUCAGCAACAUGCACGUUUUCCGCGCUCUGGUUCAGAUCAGCAUUUGCCGCGAGUCGAAUACGCGGAUUACUCCAACUCUUUAGGCCGCCACUCCCUGCUGCGUUCCAGCUUGAAACCCGGUACAGGCGCCCCAAUGCCCGUGGGCGUUGGAGGCACUCUGGGUCGCUAUGGGCGUUAUGAGCAGCAACGCGGUGGAGUUCCAAAGUAUGGGCCUCCGGCAGCCGGUCCGCAGUCACUGACCCGCCGCUCGCGGCCCAAUCUGGACUACUCCAGCGAUACCGAAGCCACCAUUGGGCCUCGUCCUAGUUACUAUUACUAUAACCGACCCGCCAUAGGCAGUAUGCCACGCGGCGCUGGAGGCGUGGGUAGUGGAGCAGCUGCAGCGGCAGCUGCAAUGUUGGCCGGCACCGCAGAUCUAAAUAAAUUCAACUCACUGCCCAGGGAGCGACCGGGCGUUAGGUUACAGGGCAUACGUGCGCGCAUAGGAGACCGCAUUCUGGAUGAGAACGAUGGCAAUAUUUCGGCACCCGAGUAUGAUGCGCGGCGCGGCCGCGAUCUGCGCCAACGCAUUUCUGCUAGCCCUGGCCCCUCUAUCUUUACGGCGGACGAGUAUCGUGCGUGGCUACGGCGCGCGCCCAGUAGCUCUGCGAUUGCGGAGCAAAUGCGUAUGACUAGGGAUAUGUUCGCCCAGCCGCGCUCACAUCGCUUCUCCUGCAGUGCGGAAAACAUUCACGAUGCCCUGCGGAACACCGAGAGCAUUUACUCGAGCAGAACGGGCAUACUCGGUGCUGGCACGCUGGAUCGUAAUCUGGGCCUCACUCGACCCAUCUCUGCACUGCCUGUACGGUCCAUGUCCUCGCAGCACAUAGGCGGUGCUGGUUCCAUACGCUCGCCCAGUAUACGACGCAUGCGUCAGCUGCUGGAACUUUCUGCUGGUCCAGCCAGUCCUAGUGGCAGUAUUAUGAGUACAGCCGGUCAUCAGAGUCCCGCGCCCACGCCCAGCGCAACAUUGCCGCGUGCUCAUCGCCAGAUUGACAUUAAUCCGGCAGAGUUUGCCAAGUACAAGCUGGACAAGCCUAUUGUGGACAUUGGCGGCGUCUCGGGCAUGCUGUGGAUACAUCUGCUGGCCGGCCGCGGAUUGCGGACAGUACCAGAACAGGGUGCACAGCAUGCACCUGGUGGGGCACCACUCCCACAGACUAGAGAUCUUUACUGCGUAAUCGAGUGUGAUCGCGUGCAUAAGGCGCGUACAGUGGUGCGUUCGGGAGAUUUGCAAUUCGAUUGGGAUGAGUCAUUUGAACUAGAUCUGGUGGGCAACAAGCAGCUGGACGUGCUCGUCUAUUCCUGGGAUCCACAGCACAGGCACAAGCUGUGCUAUCGCGGCGCCAUAUCGCUGUCGGCGGUGCUGCGGCAAUCGCCACUGCAUCAGCUGGCGCUUAAAGUGGAGCCUCGCGGCACUGUCUACAUACGCAUGCGGCAUACAGAUCCUCUCGCACUGUACAAGCGUCGCGGGCUGCCCAGUUUGCGUGCCGGUUAUCCGACACUUUUCGGUGCCGAUCUGGAGACGGUGGUCAACAGGGAGUCAAAGAAUGCGCCCGGCUGUGCGCCAGUGCCAAUUGUGCUGCGACGUUGCGUUGAGGAGGUGGAGCGGCGAGGCCUCGAUAUAAUCGGGUUGUAUCGCCUGUGCGGAUCGGCAACGAAGAAGCGUCUGCUGCGCGAGGCCUUCGAGCGCAAUAGCCGAGCUGUGGAAUUGAGCCCGGAACACGUUCCUGAUAUUAAUGUUAUUACCGGCGUACUCAAGGAUUACCUCAGGGAGCUGCCGGAGCCAUUGUUUACACGCUGUCUCUUCCAGAUGACAGUCGAUGCCUUGGCUGUCUGUCUGCCAGAUGAUCCUGAGGGCAAUGCGAAACUGAUGCUUAGCAUACUCGACUGUUUGCCCAGAGCGAAUAGGGCUACCUUGGUAUUCCUGCUUGACCAUCUUUCGCUGGUUGUGUCAAAUGCGGAGCGCAAUAAAAUGUCUGCUCAGGCGCUGGCCACUGUGAUGGGUCCUCCGCUGAUGCUGCACUCGGCCAGUGCGCAGCCUGGCGCUGAUAUUGAUCAUGCUCAGCCGAUUGCGGUACUCAAGUAUCUACUGCAGAUCUGGCCUCAGCCACAAACGCAGCAGACGCAGCAUCAGCAGCUGGCUCAGCACAUGGGCGGCAUGGCCGCUGCCAGCAGCAUGAGCAAUAUGGCGGGUGUUGCUUCAGGUCGGCGCGGCGAGUCAACAGGGCAGCGUGGAAGCAAAGUCAGUGCGUUGCCAGUGGACAGACAGCAAAUACUACUGCAGCAGCAGCAGCAGCUCAUGGCGGCGGGCAACCUACUGCGCUCGUCCACUUCGGUAACCAACAUACUCUCCCAAGGCCAUCAUCAGCUCUCAGCCACAGCCAACAAUCAUCUGUAUCAAUCAGUAGUGGGUCAGUUAGCUCAAUCGCAUCGAGCCUUGCAACAAGCGGUGCAACAGCCCUUUCAAUUGGCGGGCUCAGCGGUCUCGGCAAUUCCCGACCAAUCGCCACUGCCACUUCCAGGCACACCCUCCCCAGGCAGUAGCUCAGCCUCGACGGGCUCCGGCUCGGGGUCGGGCUCGGGUUCGGGCAAGAGCACUGAUACCAUCAAGCGCGGUGCUUCGCCCGCUUCCAUCAAGCAAGUGAAAAUUGUUGACACGCCCAGCCCGUACUCGGUUGUACAGAAGAAGCCACCUUUGCAAAAGGACGCUCCCAUAGAAGAAAUUACGCCCCCGGAGGCCAAUACAAGCUCGACAAUCCGCAAAGGCGUUGACUUCUACGAACCGCACAAAUCGCAAUCCAAGAACCUGGCCGGCGAUGACUCGUAUACAUCUAAAUAUAACAGCAGCACUGUGGAUAGUAAGAAGAGCAGCUACAUCAGCAGUUACACGCCCGGCAAAUCCUUCACUGCCAGCAGCGCCAAUCUCAGCACCAACGAUGAAUACAAGGCCAUGCGCAAUAAAUCAAGCGCCACCUCAAGCUCCAGUUCCUCCCAGGCAACUGUGCUGAGUGCUGGAUCCACUGCAACAUCGGCGCCAACAACCUCCUCCGAUGACUCCGACGACUUGGUCUCGUACAAGUCUUCGGCCUCUACCAAUGCGUUGCUGGCCCAGUCUCAGGCGAUGACCACCAGUCAGCUGAUGUCUAAAUACUUAAAGCGCGAACCACGAGUGCAAUUUACACCGAUCAAAUCGCCGGACUCGCCCUCACCACCUGGCGGCAGCGAUGGCCUGCCAAAGGGCACCUACCAGCUGGUCACGCCCAGCUCCAGCACCAGCUGCUUGGCCAAGCCCAGUGCCACCACGGGUGCGAUCAGCAAGUAUACGACAUCGACAUCAUCAGCAAGUUCAGCGGACACCAGCAAAAAUCCAACCAGCAACAACAAAUUGGCGUCACCGUCAAGGCUUGCCAAGGAUGGCAAGUCGGCAAGCGCGGUAAGUAACUCCUCUUCCCUGGUGUCGAGCGGCAGGCGGCUGUUUGACAGCCUCGCCUCGUCGUCGUCCUCGGAAACGGAGACAAAGACUUACAUAGGCGGCACCACAGUUGCCAGCACCACAGUUGCCAACACCACAACAACCUACACGAACGAAUCUAGAAACUUAGCCAGCAGCAGUAGCAAUAAAGCGACUUCCGGCUCAGAGCACAGAAGUUUUGGUAGUGCACUAUUCGGUAGCAGCGCCUUGGGCAACGGCAAUGCCAAUGGCAAUGGUCAUGGUGCCCACUCUAGCAACAGCCCCUUUGCCAGCACCAAUGGCAACGCCAAUGGCAGCAGCAACCACAGUGCCAUGAACUUGUAUGGCACGCUGCCAAAGAAUGGGGCUGCGAACGGCAGCAGCGCGGGCGCCACUCUGUUUGGUGCCAGCGCCAGCUCUUCUUAUCAUUCUGGUAGUGGCACAGCCAGCAGCAGUGGGGUUAGCUCGAUGACUGGCUCCACAAAUAGCUAUGAUUUUUAUACGAGCAGCAGUACAGGCGGCAGCAGUAGCUCGCGUCCCUUUGCCAAUGGUGGCAACAACUAUCAUACGCUGGGCACCUAUCGCGCUCAGUACGCGGCCACCAAUCCCUUCCUCGAUGCCUUCGAUGAGAAGCCCAGCAGCAAUGGGGGCAAUAAUGGCCAUAAUAGCCAUCACGUUGCCGAUGAUAAGCAUGCAACGAUCGCGGAUAAGAGCCAUCAGCGUACCGCAAUGGUGGCAGCUUUUCAGUCGUCGGGCGACUCAAAGAAUGGCAGCGAUGAAUACGAUGAUCUCAAGUGAGUGACCCGCGGCGUGUCCUGGGCUUGUGUGAGUGGGGGCAGGUAGCUGUCCGCGCACUAUAGGGGACAUUGGCUUAACGGCGAUAGCGAUAUCUAUAACGAUAUGAAACGCUGAAAGUGUUCUUUUGGAGUAUUUACAGUUUACAAAUUUACAAAACUAAAUAUGCAAAAAUAUGAAUAUAUAUCGAUAAACAAUAUUUAAAAGCUAUACCAAAAUCGAACAAUUUAAAGAACAAGUAAAGAUUAACGAAUUUUUAAGAUCACUUCAAAUUAUAAUGGCAAUCCACUGAGACAGCAGGAAAUCCGGUUUAAAUAAAUACGCAUACAAAACAAAACAAAACAAAAUGGCUGCCAAGCUUUAAGUGUUCGCGUGCGUGUGUGUGUGUGUGUGAGUGUGUGUUAUGCUAAAAGCUUUGCCUUAGCAGCAUUUAUACUAAUAUAUCCGUUGGCAGCCAUUUUGAAAUCUACGGCAUAACCUUUACAAACAGUAUUCGAAACAAAAGCUAAACUCGAUUCAAAAAAAAAAAAAAAAAAAACGCAUCGUAUACAACAUAAGAAAUUAAAACACAAAAAUUAACCUAAUAUCUAGGUAAAUAAAAGGUUGAACGCGCAUUUAACUUUUCUUUUUGUUUACAUAUUCAUAUAUAAACUAUCAAGACGUAUAGAUUUGCUGAAAACAUACAAAAAAAAAAA